AUGUCGUCGCCUGCUACUUCAGCCCAGUCGUUCACCCUCAACACGGGUGCCAAGAUGCCCGCCAUCGGUCUCGGGACCUGGCGUUCUGAGCCUGGACUUGUCGCCAAGGCAGUCGAGGAGGCGAUCUGUGCCGGAUACCGGCACAUUGAUGGAGCGUGGAUCUACCGCAACGAACCCGAGGUCGGUGAGGGAAUCCGCAACAGCGGCGUACCUAGAUCCGAGCUGUUUGUCACGACCAAGCUCUGGAACACGUUCCAUAAGCCCGAGGAUGUUGCCAAGGGUCUCGAUGAAUCUCUGAGGAACCUUGGCCUGGACUAUGUCGACAUGUACCUCAUGCACUCAACGCUCAGCAUCACGCUGCCAGACAAGCCAUACGAGGGCAUCCCGGAGUGCGACCCCCAGGUAGACUUUGUCGAGACAUACAAGGCCAUGGAGAAGCUGCUGGAGACGGGCAAGACCAGGGCCAUUGGUGUGUCGAACUUUUCGCAGGCCAAUCUCGAGCGUCUGCUGGCUAACACCUCGGUCGUGCCGGCUACGAACCAAGUCGAAUUGCAUCCGUAUCUGCCGCAGCCCAAGCUCGUCGAGUUCUGCAAGGCCAACAGGAUCCUGGUGACGGCUUAUUCGCCACUGGGCUCCACUGCUGAGUUCAAUCUGCGCGAUGACCCAGUAAUUACCGAAAUUGCCAAGGCGCGCAAUGUCACGCCGUCACAGGUACUGCUUGCUUGGGGUGUUAAGCGCGGGACGGUCGUCAUCCCCAAGUCGACUAACAAAGAGCGCAUUAUCGAGAACUUCCAUCUGGCAGGCAUUACCGAUGAGGACUUUGCCAAGAUCAACGCCAUCACCCACCGGGCGCGGUUUGCCGAACCAGGCAACUUCUUUGGCAAAGCGUACCAGGGCAUGUUCGGCUUCGAGGAGGCAUGAGUAGCGUCUGCCAGCUAUGUAUCAUGCUGCUAGGGUUGUUCAGUCACAUCCGAGACGGCUUACUCACUGAGAAUGGCGCAGCUUUGUCCAGGGCCAUGCGCGGCUUAGCUAUGGGCUCCGUAUGCGCACUCAGCGUUCGCUUAAAU